AUGGACAUUCUAAAUAGCUCCCUGGGCCAGCUACUCCCCGAAAUCGCGACACUCUGGUCGCAGAUUGUGGCCAGAUAUUCGCCCCAGCAAAUCGAGUUUCUGGGAACGCUGCUAUUCCAGAUCCUAUUCUUCUGGAUACCUUCGUUAUGCUAUAUGUCCCUUGACGUGAUCGCGCCCUCCUUCUCCCAGCGCCACAAGAUCCAACCCGCCCCCAAACAGCCAAGCCGUCAGGAGAUCGCACGAUGUUUCAUAGUCGUCACGCAGAACCAGAUCAUAUCCUCUAUACUUCAUCUGCUGUUACUUUCCGCAACCACUUAUGCUGGUAUCAACUCAUCAUAUCGAAUCGAAAGCUCCCUACCGACCCUAGCCGAGAUCCUCCGCGACGUCUUCCUCAGCCUGUUGAUGCGCGAGGUGAUGUUCUACUACAGCCACCGAAUCCUACAUACCCCUUCUCUCUACGCCCGGAUUCAUAAGAAACACCACCGCUUCACGGCGCCCAUUGCGCUGGCUGCUCAGUUCGCGCAUCCAAUCGAGCAGAUCGUCGCUAAUGCAUUGCCCGUCUCUUUGCCGCCGCAGUUGUUGCGGAGUCACAUUGUUUCUUUCUGGGUUUUCUUGGCUUAUGAGCUUUUCAAUAUGUCGACAGUCCAUAGUGGGUAUGAUUUUUUCCAUAAUAAGGCGAAGAUGCAUGAUCUCCAUCAUGAGAAGUUCAAUCUGAACUAUGGCACGCUGGGUUUAUUGGACUGGGUGCACGGAACGGAUAAGCUAACGAAGCGCCGGACCGAGUGA